AAAGCCAGUCUUUAUCACAAGAGCUAACACUGUCACUGGCAGACGACCUGGAGGGCAAGCCAAUUGCGGAGUUAUGCAAUUACCACCCGUCGCUAUAUGCGUCCGAGAUCUUGCGACGAAUACCGCAAAUCUAUUGAACUGGAGCGUUGUGCCUAAGCCUAGCAUAGAGCGAAUGUUGUUAUCGGCGAAAACAUGUCGCGGCUGCCGAUCGCUGCCUAAGGCCGGCAAGUGGGACUCCGCCGCCUUUGACCUCAAGUCUUCCACGGCUGGGUCUAUGUGCCUAGAGUAUCAUCAGUUCACGUUCAAAAAAACUUCAUUUAUUGAAAAAAAAAAGCCAUUCUGUCACAUAUCUGGCAUUGAGUCGUUGGUUUGGACACGCCGUUUCGUUAUCUGGUGA